AUGAUUGUUUUCUUUACGCAUGAGCAGCCUUUAGGAGAGUGGAAGGUAGUUCUGCCGUGUGACGGCUCUCGUGUGGAAGGCUCCUCAGGGGCCGGUUACCACUGUCCUGAGCUUCAGCUCAAUGGAUCGGUGCCUCUUGGCCGAUACACAACUGUGUUUCAGGCCGAGGUUGCUGCCAUAGUGUUUGGAGUGCGUAGGCUGAUGGAGGCCGGCGUCGAAGGAAGGAAAAUACAAAUCUUCUCGGAUAGCAAGGCCGCGAUUCUUUCCACAUCUGGUUGGAACACGCGGUCUGCUCUUGUCUCCGAAUGCCAGGAGGUGUUGGAGGCGACCUCACAGAUAUGUGAGGUUGGACUACACUGGGUACCUGGACAUAGUGAAAUUGCAGGCAAUGAGGAAGCAGACCGCCUCGCUGUUGCGGGAGCUAGGACAGCUUUCACUGGACCUGAACCAGUAUUAGGGCUUUCCUCACAAGUGAGGAAGUCUAUUAUAAAAGAAGACAUGUUAAAGGCCCAUCAAACGGACUGGACCGCGACAACUAAUUGUCGUGUGUCCAGACUGUUCAUGGCCAAUAUCGAUAAAAAACGGACGGAUUAUGUUGUGGGUGGCAGCCGCUGGAGAGCCCGGCGGGCUGCCAACACUUUAACCGGCCAUUGUUUAAAGAAACAUCUGAAUAAGAUUGGCAUCCAAUGCGAUCCAAUGUGCAGAGGAUGUAAUGAGACUGAAGAGACGGUCAUACACCUUGUGUGUGACUGCCCCAGUUUGUGUAACUUGAGGCGGAAGCUGCUUGGUAAAGCGGUACUGCCUCAGAGUGAAUUACCAGGGAUAAAGCCGGCCUGUUUGAUGGAGUUCAUCCGGAGAUCGGGCUGGCUUGACACCCCCUGCCCUUAA